AUGGCCUGUCGUGCCUUACUCGGAGUCGCUGAAGCUGCCAUUGUUCCUGCUUGGGUCGUCUUCACCAGUCAGUAUUACCGACAGGAGGAACAAGCUUUUCGUGUUGGCGUCUGGUUCUCUAUGUGUGGGUUCGCUCAAAUGCUAGGCGGGUUUUUCUCUUAUGGUGUUGCCAACCAUGUCAGAGGCGACGUUAAUGCCGCUCUCAAAGGCUGGCAAAUCAUUUUCCUCUUCCUCGGUCUGUUCACCUCAGUCGUUGGUAUUGUCUUCUGGUUCGUCUUGCCCGACUCUCCCCUAACAGCCAACUUCCUUUCCACAGAGGAGAAGGCUUUGCAUGCAGAGCGCAUGCGUGAAAACGAGCAAGGCAUUGGCAAUCGUAUCUUCAAGUGGAACCAGUUUUGGGAGGCUCUCCGAGACAUCAACACCUGGCUAUAUGCGUUCUGGAUCUUCGCUGCCAAUAUUCCUAAUUCGACUGCCACUAGUUUUGGUAACAUUCUGGUCACUGGAAUGGGCUACACAAAGAAAGAGAGCUUGCUGCUCUNNCCUCUCGGUGCUUACGAGGUUGUUGUGUUGAUCGGUCUCACUUAUCUGGUCGGCAGAACGAACCAGAGACUUUGGUGCUGUAUCGCAGGACAUAUACCUUCGAUCAUUGGCGCUGUUCUCAUGGCCACCGCAAAUAAGGUGCCAGCGCUCACAGGGUCUUACCUUACCGGGGGCAUUCCGAUAGGGUGGACAACGAUUCUUGCACUGCAAAGUACUAACGUCGCCGGAUCAACCAAGAAGAUAACCGUGACCAGUAUUGGUGUCAUCGCCUAUACUGUGGGUAACAUCAUCUCACCGCAAGCUUUCCAGACCAAGGAUGCGCCGAGGUAUCUGCCUGCCAAGAUAAGUAUCUGCAUUCUUUACUUCCUAACCACGGUUGAUCUGUAUCUGAUUCGAUGGUUCGCUGUAAGAGAGAACAGUCGCAGAGAUCAAGAACGACAGGAGCUUGGAGACAAGUACGUCGUGGAAGAGAACCACGAAUUCUUGGAUCUUACGGAUCGCGAGAACAAGGAGUUCAGCUAUGCUGUAUAA